CGAGGCUGCUCCGCGGCUGAGGCCUGAAAAAAAAAUAAAGAAUCAAGCCUGCGACACGGUUGUGUUUAACUAUGUAAUAAGUUAUUCAAGUUGAGUGCUUAAGAUGGGUGUGGAUAGCUUACCGGUGCAGCGGCCUGCAUUGCAGAUAGAGGGCGCUGGUGAGGGUCCAGGGCCGCCGAACAACAACGCGGAAGGCGCUGCGGCGAGCCCGCGUGAUGACAACCAUAACGCCGCGCAGAUGCCGCCUAGAGUACCAAUCACACCUUCAGAAGUGCUAAAGGCAUACGGCGAGAGACUAACAGAUUGGGAGAGGAAUGAAGUCAGGAAGUAUCCAGAAGUUUGGUUCGUUGGUUUGGAAGCGAACAAGGUGCAAGCGCGGGCCAACUUACCCAAUAAUUGUGGAUUCGAUGAUGAAAAUGGCAGUUACAAUAAACAAAUGCAUGACCACAUAGCAUACCGAUACGAGAUCCUGGAGGUGAUAGGCAAAGGCUCCUUCGGGCAGGUGAUCCGUGCACUCGACCACCGCACCGGAAACCAGGUGGCCAUCAAGAUCAUAAGGAACAAGAAGCGCUUCCACCACCAGGCCCUCGUGGAGGUCCGCGUACUCGACCACCUGCGCCUCAAAGACAAGGACCAAUCGCACAACGUCAUUCACAUGCUAGACUACUUCUAUUUUAGGAAUCAUCUUUGCAUCAGCUUCGAGCUUAUGAGUAUAAACCUGUACGAACUCAUAAAGAAGAACAACUAUCAGGGCUUCAGCCUCAGCCUUAUCCGGCGGUUCGCGAGCUCUUUGUUGCGCUGCCUUAGGCUACUGGAGGCUGAGAACAUCAUACAUUGCGAUCUAAAACCGGAAAAUAUCCUAUUAAAAGCAAGAGGUAGUUCAUCAAUAAAGGUGAUAGAUUUCGGCAGCUCGUGCUACACGCACGCGCGCGUCUACACUUACAUCCAGUCGCGGUUCUAUCGCAGCCCUGAAGUUAUCCUCGGGCUGCAGUACGGCGCGCCCAUUGACAUGUGGAGCAUGGGGUGUAUCCUGGCGGAGUUGCAUACGGGAUACCCGCUGUUCCCGGGGGAGAAUGAAGCGGAACAGCUGGCCUGCAUCAUGGAAGUGCUAGGCCCGCCACCGCCUGAUCUGCUGCUGCACGCUACUAGGAAGAGACUCUUCUUUGAUUCUAAGGGCUGUCCGCGCACGGUGACCAACUCGAAGGGACGCAAACGGCGGCCGGGCUCGCGAGCGCUCUCCGCCGCCGUGCGCACCGACGACCCAGCAUUCUUGCACUUCAUACACCGAUGUCUAGAAUGGGAUCCAAAACGUCGCAUAACACCAACCGAGGCGACACGUCACGAGUUCGUAACGGGAUGUGCGCUGGGCACGUCGACGACAGGCGUGCUGGCGCUGCCCCGGCUGGCACCGCCGCGGCCAGCGGGAGCCGCUUUGCUGCACUCUCAAUCAGCGGGAGAUGUAGCUGCGAUGCUGGGCCGCGCGUGACCGCUAACAUGAGCCUUCACCACGCACUCCGGACCACAUGCAAUCCUUGGUCCAACUAUUUAGACACGUUUACACGGCACCUGAUUCUGUAGACUUAUUCAGACAAACUCAAAUAACAGCAUCACGCGAGGGCAAUAAGGUUUCGUUGUAUCUGAUCGUGUUUCUGCUAUCGUGUGAAACUAUAACAAACGCAGACUUGGCAUAACCACAGUAGAGUACAGUUGGGGAAUCUGGCGGUUUUCUAUCUUAAGUGUUAAGAGCUAUCAUUUGAAUAUUUUGUAAGUAUUUAGACGUCGCGGAUCAUCCAAUAGCAGUUUUAAAUGUGUACGAAGAGGUUAGUCAAUGAUACAUGGCUAAUUGCUUUUAAUUAUUCCGUCGUUGCAACUCAUUGCUGCCUACUUGGUUAUCUGUAAGUAGAUCACUGCGUAUUGCCACGACUGUACUGUGAACUGUCGUCUAUAGAAUCACGUGCGUGGAAAUCGACUUAAUCAUUGCGUCUACCGGAUUAUUAUGUCGUCCAGCAUAACGGGACUUUAGUUUGCAAACGUAUAUAACUUUCAGAUACAUUUGUAGAUUCUUAUAAUUGUUCCUUCUAUUUGAAUAGUACUCAUUUGCAUACACGAUUUGGGACCCUUUCUGUACUUAGAACAAUGUAUGAUUAACAAUAAAGUUUAUAAUAAUUAUUAUCAACUGAAAUCGAC